AUAAGUAAUGUGUGAGCAUCGGCAGAGUGCUAGUCUUAUACCACUCAUUAGUCGUUAACUAUACUGCUAUUAUAGUGAAGAAUAAUAUUGUAGACUUUAAAUUGUAAUAUCAAUUGUUAGUACAUUUAUAUUAAAACAAUUUAAAUUAAAUCAUGACUUCGUUACUUCAAUCUAUAAUAUUUCGUCUUAAACUGGCACAAGUAAUUUUUUCUUUUGGAAGUAUUAUACCAGUGUUCGCUGAAACAAAUGUUACAUAUAACCAGUUCACUUCAGAUUUCGCGUACCUAACGCUAUACAGUUACCUGGGAAUUGGUAUAAUCACUCUGGUGAGCUUAUGUAUAGCAGAACCAGUCUCCGACAAAUUGGCUCUAUACUCAUCGGGCCUGGCCGUGGUCCUGCACCUGAUAUCGACGUUUUUCAUCUUGAAAGACGUGUUUGGCUACAAUGAGCUAUGGGUAUUGCGGGCCAUCAGCGGACUGUGCACUGGAGCGAAUACCGUGGCCUACGGAUGGGAAGUGUUGUUCUCGACGAAAUUUAUACAUCACUGAUGCGAUGACGGCAUUAUGCCGUUGAAGAAACGACGAUCGGUCGAAAAAUGAAUAUACUUACAAUACCUAGGUAUCUUUUUUUGCCCUCUCCUAUACUAAAUUAUUUAAUUCUCUGUCGCCAUACAUUGCAUAUGUGUAUGUAAGAGAGAAUAUAUGCAUCGCUAUUGUAUUUGUACAGGUAUACCAAUAUAUAUGUAAUAUAUAUACUAUUUCUAAUAAAUUAUCUUAUAAUGAU